AUGGCCAAGGCAAUGGAAACGCUUUUGGCAGUGGUGUUGUUGCUGUUUUGUGGUGAGUGGCAGGUGGUUCGUGGAGAAUUCGAUUACAGAGAUGCUCUAUCUAAGUCUAUCCUCUUUCUAGAGGCCCAACGAUCCGGUAAACUCCCACAAUCCCAGCGAGUAAAGUGGAGAGGAGAUUCUGGCCUCACAGAUGGGAAGUUGCAAAACGUUGAUUUAGCUGGGGGUUACUACGAUGCAGGCGAUAACGUGAAAUAUGGGCUUCCCAUGGCAUUCACUAUCACCACACUCGCUUGGGGCACACUGGAUUAUGGGAAAGAGUUGAAAGCUGCAGGAGAGAUUCAGAAUGCAAGGGACGCUAUUAGAUGGGGAACUGACUACUUUCUCAAGGCUAGUGCAACUCCAAAUGAAUUAUGGGUUCAGGUGGGUGAUCCCCAGGCAGACCAUAAUUGUUGGGAGCGUCCAGAAGAUAUGGACACUCCUCGAUCUCUUUACAAGAUUGAUAAAGACACCCCUGGAUCAGAAAUUGCAGCAGAAACGGCCGCAGCCUUGGCUGCCUCCUCCAUUGUUUUCAGAUUCACAAACCCUCGUUACUCACACCUUCUCCUCCAACGUUCUCAAUCGCUCUUCAGCUUUGCCGAUCGAUACAAGGGCACCUACGGAGGAGAGUGUCCAUUUUAUUGCUCUGUUUCAGGCUACAAUGACGAGCUUCUAUGGGCUGCAUCUUGGCUAUACAGAGCUACCAAAUCCUCAUAUUAUUCCAACUAUAUUAUCCAGCACGACGAUGUAAAGGCAUAUGUUAAUGAAUUCAACUGGGACCUCAAAUAUGCUGGAGUUCAAGUGCUUCUAACAGACUUAUAUUUCCAAGGGGAAGCUCAAUUCUCAGCCUAUAGAAGUAAUGCAGAACGCUUUGUUUGUUCACUUCUUCCAGGCAGUCCCAUUCGUUCUGUUAAAACCACCCCAGGAGGUUUGUUGUAUGUUAGAGAUGGCGCCAACACUCAAUAUGUUACCAGUGCUGCUUUUUUGAUGGCAAGAUACAGUGAUUUACUAUCAGCUAAGAAGGGAACAUUGUCAUGCGGCAACACUCUCUUUAAACCCAACGACGUUAUGGGCUUCGCAAAGCUACAAAUUGAUUAUUUAUUAGGAAGGAAUCCUCUGGGCAUUUCAUAUAUGGUAGGAUACGGUUCCAAAUAUCCAAGGCAACCACAUCACAGAGGAGCAUCUGUAGUUUCCAUUCAUCAACAACCAAGGAAGAUCAAAUGCAUUGAAGGUUUUAUGAACUGGUUUCACAAAGAUUCUUCCAAUCCAAACACACUAAUUGGGGCAAUAGUGGGGGGCCCAGAUAAAUAUGAUCGUUUUGUAGACCUCAGGACCAAAUCUAGCAUGCUUGAACCUACAACAUACAUAAAUUCUCCUCUUGUGGGUGUUCUUGCAAAAUUUGAGAUCACUCUUAGAAACAACAAACUAGUGCACGGUUCUCUUUCAAUUAAUCCCCCAUGGUGUGUUCAACAAUUUGUAUCAAAGCAAAAAUUGGAGAGCGAUGCGGGACCGGGAGAAGGGAGAGACUUUGAAUUUGAAAUUAGGACUAGGCGGGAAACCCUGCAAUGGACAAGCAAACCAGGGGGAGGGCGGAAAGGAUGGAUCUCAGGACUGCCUGAUUCCUCUAAGCCAAAUGGAAAGGACCUAGUGGAUGGGAACCCAAAAGCUGGUGACAAGCCUCUCGAUCCUGAUGGGGGGGAUGGAGCAUCAUGUGCUAGACACAGCCCAAGGAAGGGACCUAUUUGUAGGGACAACGUUCCAGACCCAGUAAUUGAGCAUAACAUUAGCCUUAUGGCAAUGACUUGGGUUGGAAAAAUUUUGUGCCCGACGCUGAAUAUUGAUGUUGUUGGGACAUUUGUGAAACAUAAAUGGACGCAUAAAGGUCAAGUGGAGAUAACGGCUAUAUCCAAAGUUGAUGUAGAACCAGGUGAUGCAGUGAAUAAAAGAGUUUUGAAAUUUGUGAUGCCUCUGAAAAAGAAAUCUGCUUAA